CAGAGUUUAAUGUACGUUUAUUGAUAUAUCACGAAAAAUUCAUCCCAGUGAAAAUUUCUUAAAAUGCAUUUAUCCAAGUACACUAGUAUGUUGACCCUAUUAAAAUUUACACUGUUUUUUUAUUCCCAGAUUAUGUGCUCCACUUCCUUUAAAACCUUUGGAAGUGGUUUGGAUGGGUCCAAACCUAUAGAGAAAAUCAGUAAAUUGAACAGGCUUAUUGUUCUUAUUGCAACUGUCCCUACGCUUGCACCUACAAUUCCUACCACACCAGUCACAACGUUCCCUAAAACCCUUAAGCCUGGCACAAGUUCCUCAAUACGUAUGGGCUAUUCGUUUAAUUUAGAGAUUUCAAUGAACAUUGCAUAAUCAAAGUACCAAAUUUUCAUUAAAAGAGACUGGAGUUGGUUGCGGGACAAAAUGAACCCAAGGGAUGUGGUCAAGAUACAGAGCAGCAACGUUGAUUUAAACAUUCCAUAUCUUCCCAAUGACGCCUGCACUUGGAGAUUCAUUGGAAGAGAGUGCACUAUAUCUGCAGAAUGUCCGUGCUUUGACGUUUCACCUUCAUUUAACUGCAUUGAAGACUACUUAAAAAUCCUCGACCUGCCAUAUUAUCAUCAAAAGUUCUGUGGGAUCACUAAACCCAAUGGACCUUAUAGGGCGUCCACUGACGUAUUUUCUAUUCGAUUUCGGUCUAAUGGAGGGGUGUCUGCAAAAGGAUUCGUCUGCUUCGUCCAGUGUACAGCUCCAGGAGAAUCAGAAUUUAGUAUUGCGGAUGCCGCUUUAUUGGCGUGUUCCAAUUUCUAAGAAAUAGCCGAUUAUUGUAGAUUUAAGCAAAACAAAUUAAUAGAAA